AGGCCAUUAACAGUACAGCUGGACUGCAGAGGGGAAGGGGGCGUGCCACGCAGCAUUCAGGAACCUCAACCAUAUUUAAUCGGAAUGGCUAAAUAAAUUUUUUUUUCGAUUUAGUUCUUAAAAAGUUAUUCCGUUUAUUCACCAGCUACAUUUACAGUUUUUGUCUUUCCAAUGAAUUGCACAAGGGUCCUCCACAUGUUGAACCCCAGGCCAAUGCCAGGUCCUAUCAUGCCAGUAGAUGUAGCCAUGAGGAUCUGCCUGGCAAGCUCUCCACCCCUGCGCAGCUUCCUCAGCACGUACGAGGACUGCCGAUCGCGAAACCUGGUCAACCGCUACAAACCACUGAGGCCAUGCAUCAGCUCCAAGCAGCAGCUAGAGGACUCCAGCCUGGGAUGGAAGAGUGCCAGGGCCAAGGGGAAGAAGCGGGUGAUCUUUGCCGAUUCAAAAGGCAUGUCCCUAACGGCCAUCCACGUGUUCAAGGAGUUUGAGGAGGACCCACUGUCUGACCUUCAAUUUGACCUGUCUGACCUGRCCAAUGCCACCGCUGGCCUCAAGGUCUCCGUGGAGAAAAGUUUUACUCUUGAUUUCCCACAGCCCGCUGCAGAUUAUCUGGAYUUCAGGAACCGGCUCAAGAAGAACCAAGUGUGUCUGGAAAACUGCAUACUCCAGGAACGGUCGCUCACCGGCACUGUGAAAGUCAGGAACGUAAGCUUUGAGAAAUCGGUCUCCAUCCGGAUAACGUUUGACUCGUGGAAAACCCACACGGACAUCGCUAGUACGUACCUAAACAAUGUGUACGGUUGUUUGGACACUGACACCUUCUCUUUCACUGUCGACCUGCCAAGUUCUGUGCCCUCACAGGAGCGUGUGGAGUUUUGCAUAUGCUUCACCACCCAGGAUCAGACGUACUGGGACAACAACGAUGAGAAGAACUACAAGUUGCUCCACAACGACRCAGACGCAGACCAGACCAGCAACCCCAUCAUCCAGACCACCGCACCAGUGGAGUUCAAGAGAGACGGAAAGAGGCCGGAGAUGGAGUUUGACCAGUUCGGGAGCCCGAGGACAUCCAGUGGAUUCUUCCCUGAAUGGCAGAGCUGGGGACACAUAGAGAAUACAACCCCAUACUGGUGAAGCAACAACAAGGCUUUUAUGAGAAAUCCACAAGCUUCUCCAACAGAAUCAACUCCCAAUUGCUUGAUGUAAGAGGAGUGACAACAGAAAAUUUAACAGUAUGUACACAUGAGAGUGCUGGCUGACCCCCCUCAACAGUGAAGAUAUAACCACAAUCUGAACAGUUAAGAUGUUCAAGAUCUGUGACUCACAAGUCAACAGUUGAGGUCAUUGUGGGGCUUUAGAGUGGGCAUUUUUGUAUUGUCACUACAAUGGAAAGGUUCAGAAUGGGUUUCUCUUCAUGUUUGGGGGUAUAUGUGAWGGUACAGAAAUCUACAAACAACAGUUUGAGCCUGUAAGCAUCUGUUAUCAUCCAGUUAACCCCCUAAUCACUGUGACCAGUACUCAACAUAAAGCAUUGUGGUAAAAUGCUAUCAUAGCCACAAAAAUAUAGCUAGAAUUAACGACAAAUAGCGAAGGGCAUUUUAAGGUUGAGAUAUCUAGAAAUUGGUUUAGACUUUAAAAGUGUACACUUUUUGUAGUGAAUUUAAAAAAUGUGUUGUAACAUAGAUGCCUUCCUUUUUAUAAUGUUAAUUUGAUUGUCCGUUAAGCUGUUUGUAAUCUCGGCCACCAGCCCRCUCACUCUGUCGAGACUACUCUUUGUGACAUAUGCAACGUUUAGCGUAAAUGCAGUCUCCACGAACGUAGGAACAUUGCCUUUCAAUCGCACUAUAUUUCAAUCGCACURUAACUCGGAUCUGCCGCAAUACUCCAGCUAUACGGAUUUAAUCCAGCUCUAAGGCUUUUUCAAAAAGAGAAAGAUAACUCCAGAUUUGGGAGCCUGCACUUUAGUGAAUAUUUUCAAAGGAGGUUUAGCAUUUUGUACAUAGAUCUUUUUUUGGUGAGUUUUAUAUCAACAGAAGUAUCUUUACUUGCCCUGUAAUAGAUGGAACUAUUCCUUGCUGUUAGACAUAUGGUAAGCCAUCAAAAUGUCAGUAUAACGUAAGUCGCCCGAAUAUUGACGGACAUGGUUGACAGUUCCAGAGCAGUCUUUGCACUGACCGAAAUACAGUAUGCCUUUUAAAUGUGAGAAUGUGAAAGAAUGAGACGUUGAAAGUGGAAUAAUUUGGUACAACAUGAUGAACUUCAUAUUGAAGUUGCUUCAGUGUUUCAUGGCACCGUUUGAAGACUUUCAGGUAAACAAAACAGAAAAGCAAUACAGGUAAAUAUGCAUGACUAUACCCCAGCAUAUUAUCAAUUAGGUGUAGGACUAAAUGGAGCACCUACCUUUUUUUUGCACAAAGGUUUUCAUACAUACGUCCAUUGUAUUUUUGAAAAGCCUUUGCAUGCAAAAACAUUUUAUAUGCUCUUCCUACCCUUCUCUUCUUAAUGUUUGCUGCUUCUGUAUGUAAGUGCUAUUCUAUCUUCAAUGUGUUUCAUGAACCCGUGGUAUGUGAACGCUCCUAUGGGAAAUAGGGGAAAGAGAAUGAGGAGAGUGGGGAUGUUAUUUAAGGAAUGUACGACUAAGUAAGGGAAGUGUUUAAAAGGGAAAUGAAUGGAAAAGAGGUCAGUGUUAGAGGGCUAUGCCUUGGGACUGAGGCUUCAGAGUUUACCAGGAAGUGGUGAACAUUGUCAGCUGCUUUGUUUGUUGAAGUGUAAAUAAGCAUGAGGCGGAAUGCAAAGGGCUAUGACACGAGCCAUGGUGUCUAACCGCCAGCGUCUUUUUCUACUGCAAGGAAGGGUCUCUGUGUGUAAAAUGGUUUACUGUUUUCUCUGUUCCUUUCAGAAAUAAGAAAUAAAAUCUAAUGUUUA